GGCCACCAAAGAUCUCUGAGCAGGUGAAUGGCUUCCGGAAGGCAGUUCAGGGGCGAUCCAUCAAGCUUCCAUGCCCUGUAACGGGGAACCCCCCACCCCUCAUCAUGUGGACCAAGGAUGGGGUCACCAUUCACAGUGGCUGGGAACGCUUCCGGGUCAGGUCAGAGGGUCUCAAGGUCAAUGACGUGGUGAUCGAAGACAGUGGAUCCUACAUCUGCAGGGCCACAAAUGGAUUUGGGAGUGUCAGCGUCAAUUUUACAUUAACAAUUACUGAUGGAUCAAGUAGCCCUGAAGAAGAUCCUAGCAGAGUAGACACACCUACAGUAGAGGAGAGACCUGAUAGACCCACAUCAGGAACUAUGCCUCAAUUUUCUGAGCUGAGCAAAAUGAUGAAGGCCCAAAAGAUAAUGAAGCCCCUUAACAGUUCUGUGAGGUUAAAGUGCAAGGCUUCCGGCCACCCUCGUCCGGAGAUAGUAUGGGAAAAGGACGGCACACGAAUGGUCAUAACAGAGGGCAGGCAAUCAAGACAGUUCACACUCAAGUUGAGCCACUUAAAGCCAGGAGAUAGCGGCACCUACAUGUGCAUAGUUUUUAACAAGCACGGUCGUAUAAACGCCACCUAUGAAGUAGAUGUAGUAGAUCAAGUGAAGAAGAAGCCUGAGUUACUCGGGGAGCACCCAGUCAACACCACAGUGGAGUUUGGAGGCACAACAUCGUUCCAAUGUCGGGUGCGUAGUGAUAUCAAGCCUCACAUCCAAUGGCUGAAGAGGGUUGAGACGCACAGCACCCCUACCAAUGCAACCAUCGAGAUGGAUGGACAGUACUUUGUGGUGCUUCCUGCUGGAGAUGUUCUUCCAAGACCAGACGGGUCGUACCUCAACAAACUCAUCAUUUCUUAUGCUACAUCAGACGAUGCUGGGAUGUACAUCUGUUUAGGGGCUAAUACCAUGGGCUAUAGCUUCAAAAGUGCAUUCCUAGAAGUGUUUCCAGAUCCUAACAUGAACUGGAUAGACCCCGCCCUUCAGCAGACUCCCCGAGUAAACCCAGUUGUUCCUGAGGCAUGGGGUCAUAUUGAACAAGGUUUACUCAUUGGCAUUCCAGUCAGUCUAGCACUCCUUUUUAUUGUCAUCGUUAUCAUCUGCACCAUCAGUCGGAAGAAGGCAAGAUCACAACGUCGUCGUCAUCGGACAGCCCCGCCCGCUCCCCAGCUCCCAAACUCAUCUAUUAAAAAGGAGUACAACCAUCGUGAUUAUCUCAACCGAACCAAUCUGACAAACCCACAUAUGAUGGACAUUGAGCAGUGUGCACCCCUCACUGCCGCGCAGUGUGCCCCGAUGACCUCUCAACAGACUCUUCACAUAUACCCGGUACCAAGCCGGGAAAACGUCCUCAACCGUUAUGAUGUACAUUCACCAAGCAGUUUCACAGACACUUUAAACAGCAAUGGAAGCCUGACAAGCAGUAGACCUAACAUGCAUCAUCAUCUACAUCAGCAUACCAUUCUUCAUUGCUAGCAUACGCU